CACACACACACACACACACACACACAGUGUGACAUCUCCCAUCCUGCGCUGCGCAUCGCUCACUGUCCUGCAGCAACACGGUCCACCCGCACGUCCAGGCCCAGUUUUUUCCGGGGAGCAGCAGCCGUGUCGUCGCCCCACGAUGGAUGCACUCAUGAAGGGCUUCUCCAUGGCCAAGGAGGGCGUGGUGGCCGCCGCCGAGAAGACCAAGGCCGGCAUGGAGGAGGCUGCGGCCAAGACCAAAGAGGGGGUGAUGUAUGUCGGUAACAAGACGAAGGAGGGCGUGGUGUCAUCAGUAAACACCGUGGCCAACAGGACCGUGGACCAGGCCAACAUCGUGGCAGACACGGCUGUGUCCGGCGCCAACGAGGUGUCGCAGGCCACGGUGGAGGGGCUGGAGAACACCGCCGCCUCAACCGGGCUCAUCAACCAGGAGGAGUCAGUCAACGAGGGAGAAUACGAGCAAGGCGGCGAAGGCGGCGAGGGUUACUAGCUCCUGUCAGGACCCGGGCCCCACCCGGGCCCCUGGCGCUCCAAGACUCCAAGUGUCCUGUUCUGUCAUUUUAGUUCUAUGUUUUUUGUGACUUUUAACGGAACCAAACCCGAGUGGGUGUGGGACUCUUCCGGACGCGACAGCAGCAGCAACGUCCUCGCCUCCUCACCUGUGUCACGCCUUGUCCUGAUUACCCACCCUUGUCUUGUUGCCACCCGCCCCAACCACACACAAACAUGCAUGAAACACACACACACACACAUACAUACAUACA